CAUAUAUUUCACUAUAGUUAUUUGAAAGAUAAAAAAGACGUGUAUUUCAAAUUCAUCCUUUCAUCCACGAAUUUCAAUUUCAACAACGUGAAUUUAAGACUGCCGCUGCACUCCCUCGGCACGCCCACGGUGAUGAAGCCUCCAUCGUGGCUGCCAGUGUAGAGCUUGUCGAAACCCAUCGGAAGCACGAUUCCAGUGAUAUCGUUCUGGUGCCCUUGAAGAUUCAUCAGAUUGGAGAAGGCCUCGAGUAGGGUUCUUUCAGGGGUUCCUUAAUCUCGACUGUUGGGGGUAUUUUCUUCUUAAUCGUCACCUUUUUGGGGGGUUCUUUCUCUGUUGCCGCCAUUGAGGGAUGACUUCCUUGAUCAUGGUCGCCAGAGAUUGAUCCUCAGGGUGUAGAAACCGACAGUUUGGGCCAUAUUUGCAGCGACCCAUCAGCCAAAACUUGCAAACCGGCGAAGAUUUGAACUUGAUGGGUGGUGGGUACAAUCGGCUCACACUUACUGCUCCUAAAAAUUCAGCUCCUGAUUUCUUGGCAUUCAAAGGCGGUCCGGCACGUAAGCUUCCCUUCGAGAAGCCGCUGGAGAGUAAAGCUACAGUGCUGUACAUUGGUCGCAUACCACAUGGGUUUUAUGAGAAUAAAAUGCAAGCUUAUUUUCAGCAAUUUUGCACCAUCAAGAGAUUAAGAAUUGCUCGUAAUAAAAAGACAGGAAAAUCAAAGCAUUUUGGCUUCUUAGAAUUUGAAGAUCAUCAGGUGGCAGAAGUUGUAGCCAAUGUUUUCAAACCCAAACCAGAGGUCAAACCGUUUUGAUCUCCGGUUCGCGGUUUGAACGGUUCAACCGGUUUAACCGAUAAAACCGUCGGGUUAAUUAAAUACUAAAAUAUAUGAUUUUGCAAAAGAUAUCACACGGUGUAGAUGGGUUGCACUGGUAGAUGACUGGUCUUCGAUAAGAGAGAUCUGGAGUUUAAGUCCCUCCAAUAAGAAAUUUUAAUAUAAUUGUGCUUUAAAG